UCGGAAGUUUAUUCGAUUGUAAUAUCGGAACGAUUUAACAAUUUCUGGCGUCCAUUUUCAGUUUCCGGUCUCAUGGUCCCAACUAAACACUGACAGUAUGAAACCAAUUCUAUUACAUGGACACGAGCGGUCCAUCACGCAAAUCAAAUACAACAGAGAUGGAGACCUGAUAUUUUCUUGUGCAAAGGAUUCCCAGCCCAAUGUCUGGUACUCUCUAAAUGGAGAAAGGCUAGGGUCGUUCAGGGGUCAUAAUGGUGCUGUAUGGAACAUUGAUGUCAACUGGGAAUCAACAAAGGUUCUGACAGCAAGUGCAGACAACACCUGUAAAUUGUGGGAUUGUGAAACAGGUAAAACCCUGGCAUCGUUAGACACCGCGACAGCUGUGCGAACAUGUGGAUUUUCCUUCAGCGGUCAGUACAUCAUGUACACGACAGACAAAACCAUGGGAAGACCCUGUGAAAUCCACAUCUUCGACAUGAACAAUAUCCGGAAUGGAGAGCCGUCUAUGGUGAUUCCUAUAACCUCAACUAAGAUCACGUCGGCUGUGUGGGGGCCGUAUGAAGAGUACAUCAUCACUGGCCACGAGAAUGGGGAAAUUGCUCACUAUGACCUUAAAACUGGUGAAAAGAUCAUUAGCUGUAAAGACCACACUAAGCAGAUAAAUGACCUUCAACUCUCCAAGGACAUGGCCAUGCUCAUAUCCGCAUCCAAGGACACCACGGCAAAGCUGUUCGAAACCAAAACCCUGGAUCAUAUGAAGACUUACAAGACAGAGAGACCAGUCAACUCGGCUUCCCUGUCUCCUAUAUAUGAUCAUGUGGUGUUGGGCGGUGGACAAGAGGCUAUGGAUGUCACCACUACCUCCACAAAAAUCGGCAAAUUCGAUGCCCGGUUUUAUCAUCUUGUCUUUGAGGAAGAAUUUGGAAGGGUCAAAGGUCAUUUUGGUCCCAUUAACAGUACAGCAUUUCAUCCUGAUGGUAAAAGCUACAGCAGUGGAGGAGAGGAUGGUUACGUUCGAGUUCAUUAUUUUGAUCCCAGUUACUUUGACUUCCGCUUCGACUUUUAACCGAGAUCUGAAUUUUAGUGACUAUAUAUUUAUAGACAAUCGUCAGUGGAGACCGUCAGUGUUUUAUGUGGACUUUACAAAAUAAAUCUUGGAAAAGAAA